AUGGCUGAAUUAGAUGUUCUUCUUCAAACAUUACAUGACGUUUCAGUAACAAAUAAAAAUCUUAAUAAUAAUAGAAUAACUGUAAGUCAAAUAAAUCAUAAUGAUAUUUUUGAAUUAAUAAAUAGUCAAGCAAGUCAAUCGCAAUCACAAAUAGUUACUGGCAUUAAAGUUAAGAAAAAGAAAAAUUAUGGUAGACUUGUGAAAAGAUUGAAGCAUACAUUCAAAUUGGCUAGUGUUAAUUUACGUAAAUCUGAUAAAUCUAAAGUAUUUCAUUUAGGUAAAAUUGAAGAUUAUCGUAAGAAAUCCGAAGAAUAUAUGGCGAAAACCCAAGCAUAUAAAUGCUUAGGGACAAAUGAUCCAUUACCGGAUUUAAUUAUGCGAACAAAUAAAUACUUGUUGAACUUACGAUUAGCUAAAUGGAUUACUCAAAAACAUUAUGAAAAAUUAUGUAUCAAUUCAUGCGAAGUUGAGCUGGCUCAUUUAUAUUAUUUACCAAAAGCCCAUAAGCCAGGUACUCCUCUUCGCCCAGUAGUUUCUGGUCUUAAGCAUCCUACAAUUAAAAUAUCAAAAUUUCUUCAUGAGCUUUUAACUUUAUUAGUUGAUAAAAUGGCCGUAAAAACAACUGUAACUUCUGGCUUUGAAUUAAUGAAGCAGUUGCAAGAACGGUCAAAGAUAAAUAUGCGUCAAGAAACAUGA